AUGUUUGUAAGCCAGGGUUUUAAGAAGCUGUGUGGUAAGUAUCGUUAUUUAACUUUGAUUAACAAUGCUUGCUGCAAAAAUGCACUCUAUAAUCUAGGAACAUUUUUUAUAAAGAUUUAAGCCCAUGCAUGGUAACUUGAUAAGCAUUUGCAAUGUGCUUUUUUAAACGAACUGAACUCAGCUGAUCUAAUAUAUUUGAAUCUUCAACCUUAGUAAAUAAGUGCGCGAUAAAAAAGCUUUCCGUAAGAAUCUUAUCUUUUCAAGGAACUAAUUUUUGUAGCAAAACUUUCAAAUGAAAAAAUAAAGAACCCACCGUUUUUCCAGAAAAAAUGUAAAUAAAUUUUGAAAAUAUGAUUCCGGCCAUUUGGUUAUGUAUUGCAAUCUGUAAAAUAGUUGCAAAAUUGUAGACACUGUAUUCUGACCACUACGGUGGCCCACAACUGUCACGGCAAAACCAAAAACCUCAUGGCAAAAACAAAAUACCUCACGGCAAAUCCGAAAACCUCACGGCAAAAACAAAAACCUCACGGCAAAACCAAAAAUCUCACAGCAAAAACAAAAUACCUCACGACAAAACCAAAAACCUCACGGCAAAACCAAAUACUUCACAGCAAAAACCAAAUACCGGUACCUCACAGCAAAAGCAAAUACCCAUGGCAAAACAAAGCUAUUUUGCUUUUGCUGUGAGGUAUUUUGUUUUUGCCGUGAGGUUUUUUGUUUUGCCUUGAUGUUUUUGUUUUUGCCAUGAAGUUUUUGGUUUUGCCGUGACAGGUAUGGGCCACCAUAGACCACCACCAGACUUGCCAAGUCUCAUGAGUCUCACGAUUGUAGGACCUGUCUCACGCUCUCACAAGUUGGCAACUGACUUCUUACAUUUUCUCAAAAAAGUCAAACUCCAAAAAAUUUUGUAGUUGUAGGGUUCAUUUCAAAGUUAGAUAUCAAUAGACAGCCAGCUAAACCCAAAGAAAGUGCUUAGUGGUCAUGUUUGAUUUUAUUCUUUUAGCCAAUGGUGACUUGCUGCUGCCACCAAAUGUGCAGACUUACCAUUUCUCUUGUUUCAAGAUGGCUCCAACAAACCAGAGAUAUUACAAAACCUAAAGAAUAUAAAUUGCAAAAUUUAUCCUGAUGUUUACUGCUCUAUCUUUAAAGUGAUGUAGUGACUUCCAAUACCCAUAAUCUCCACUGAAAGUCCUUCCACUAGAAAAUUUGAAACAUCUCACGACUUUUUACCAAUUUCUCACUACUUUUCCCAGCUCUAGGUUCAGAAUCUCACCUUUUUUGUCUUUUGGGGUUGGCAAGUCUGUGCCAUGUAGUCCUUUAUAAUUUGGUCCUUUUGUCGUUGAUAUUUUUGAGGGGGGGGGGGAUGGUAACGGAAAGACACAGUCUCCAGAAUGUUUAUCUCCAGAGGUUGGCAUCCUUGUAUUAGUAAUAAUAUUACAGUUGUUGUCAGAAAAUAGUUAUUUUAAAAGUGCUUGCUUAGACUUGUUGUAAGACUAUUGAUCUAGGUUCACGAGCAUUUCUUUUGAUCUUCUUUUUAGCAUCCAGAUCUUACCUGCUGCUUUUUCUCAGCUCUCUUUCCAGUUUCCAUUACAUAUUAAAGUGCAAUGUAAAAGUUUAGCACAUGUAAAUCACUGCUUUCACUUUACUGGAUGUAGGCUCUCCAGCAAGACCAGUUUUUGGGCUAGCUAUUUCUUGUCAGGUGGGUGAUAGACAGGCGUGUUAUAAGUUUUGAAGCAGUUGUAGCAAAUGAAGGUUCACUCAUACAAACAUAAAAAUGUGUCAUUUUUAGUUUUCCACUUAAACCAUGUACAAUACCUAAUGAGCUCAGCCGUGACAGGUGUUCCAGGUUGUAGCCCUCUAUGACAGGUCUAUUAGAUACCAUCAUAUUACCAUUAUCAUAACUUUAUCACACAUCAUAUUUAACAUAUUUCAUGAUGGUAUGACUGAUAAAAUUAUUGUUUUAAACAACUGUCUGAUCAAAUUAUCAAAUUUUAGAAACGUUAGGUUUGUGGAGAGAGGAAAACCAGUGAACCCAGAGAAAAGUCUCUGUUGAAGAAAGAUUCGACCAGGUUGACUUUUUAACUUUAAAUGAUGAUGUGAAUCAAUGCCUGCUGUGAUUGGUCAUUACCCAUGAUCUAUUAGAACUUACAGAUACAUGUACGUGGAUGAGGUCAUGGAAAACUUGUUUUCUUUGUAUUGUUCAACAUGGCACGCGGUUUCGAAAAUGUUUGUGAGAUUUUUUCAGAUUAAGCAAGUGAAAGCCUCAAAAAAAGUUGAGCAGGAGCUAUUUACAAAGAAAGAAAAUGGAAAAACGGAGACAAAAAGAGUUCUUAACAACUUGAGAGUGCCUAUACUGCAUGCAAGAAAACUUCACAACAGUUGCCAUCGUGUGUCAUAUUCGUUACGAGAGUUUCGCUGUUUUGCAAAACGUUUUCGGCAUUUCUGCUUUAAGCCAGUGAAGACGUUGAAAACCUUUUGAAGAAACUGUUUACAAGUAAGAUAAGGGAAAAAAGAAGAAGCGGAGACAAAAAGUAGUGUGUGGGACUUAAAAAAUACCUAAAUAAGCAUAAAUCUUCAAACAAUCAAGCAGUACGAGGCGGGUAUGUGUAUCUGUCUUAUUCUUAUUCUUUUCUGAUCAUUGUAUAAAACAAAAAGAUUCCAUUUUGCCGUGGGUCUGUUCAGUAAUAGAUCACAGAUGACGUCAAAAUGUGGUAAAAAUAUCAGUGACACACUCACCUAUGGCUCGUGUGCCACUUCAAAUUUUGUUAAACAGAAUGGAGCAAUAGGAUAACCUUCUAAAAAUAUUGCAUCUGUUAUGUUAACUAAUUUAGUUUUUUCUGUUAUCUCAGAGAAAUGUCAGCUACUUGCCAAAGGCAGGUCCUGGAGGAAGAUCCUCUUUUAGUGGAGUGGUUGCAACUGUAUUUGGCAGUACUGGCUUUUUAGGACGAUAUGUCCUCAAUAGACUAGGUAAUUUACAGCUGAAUGGGGCUACAAACUCGUUUGACUGCUCAAGUGAUACUGCCUAUUAUAUACACGUAUAAAGUAGUUUUCUAUGUUCAUUAGCCACUGCUCAGUUAUCUCACCAAGGAUCAAGGGGGGCAGAGUUUAGAUCUUACAUGGCCUGAAUUGAAGCAGUAGCAGAGGGCACCUGUAUGAUUUUGGCAAUGUCCAGUUUUAUCUUUCUUGAUCCUGUGUAAUUCAGCCAUCAGCUGUGAGGGAGAAAAUUUGUGCUGUUCAUUGUUCUUUGUAAAUUCCAGUCUUAAAAGUAUGCAUGUACAGCUAAUGCAAAAUGUGUUGACCCACAUCACGGUGGAGCUUGAUCGGGAUGUGUUAACAGUUGAAGGAGUCUUCGUACUCAGUUCCUUUGUAUGGUUAUUAAGCCUGCUGUCAGUUUCUUGUACACUGCAAUCACACGUGCAACAUUUAAAGAACCCAUCCCUAUUUUGCCUAUCUAAGUGAUCAAGUUUUUGCUUCCUGUGUUAACAUCUUUCAGUUGUCUAAAAUGGUACACCCUCUUUUCACAGGGCGUGGUGGAAAUCAGAUCAUUGUGCCAUAUCGUGGAGAUGAGUAUGACUACAGGCACCUCAGGCUUAUGGGGGAUCUGGGACAAAUAAUGUUUUUUGUAAGUCAUAUGAUUAAUUCCUAUUUAGAAUCUUCUGUUUUUAUCUUGAAAAAGUGAUUUUCUUUAUGUAAAGCUUUAUUUUGCUCUUUUGAGGUGUGGUGUACUUGAACAUUGUUGAUAAUUUUGUGUUGAGGAAUUGGGACUUGCCCUUUGAGAACUUGAUCGCUGCCUGGUUAGUUCAGUUGGGAGAGGGCUAAUCUACUGAGCGGGAGGUCAUGGGUUCAAACCCUGGCCAGAACAACACUCAGAAACUUUAAAUAACUGAGGAGAAAGUGCUGCCUUUGCGAAGACAAUCUGCAAAUGGUUAGACUUUCUAGUCUUCUUGGACAAGGACAAAAACCGUUGGUCUUGUUUUACGGCACUUUCACUUACCUGGUUCUUGUGGGACGUAAAAGAACCCACACCACUGUUCAUUAAGAGCAGGGGACGUAGUCUCUGGUGUUGUGGUCAACCUCUCCUGGGCUUGGUGGGUUAUCUGUUAGGACUCACUUAAAUAAAAUUGUAUCUCUGCUUUGUUGUGUGUUCCACAUCAUAUGGUGGAAGUGAUUAAAUAAAUAAAUAAACUUUUUUUAAUGCAUUUACCAAGGCUUAAGACAUUGCUUUUAUUCUUGUCCCUUUCUUUUGUACUUCCAAGAUGAAGAUUAUUGUGUCUAAUAAUAGGCAAGUUAGUACUCAAUACAGCCAUGUCUUUAAAUUAAUUUUCAUAGGAUUAUCACCUCAAGGAUGCUGAAUCUGUGGCUAAAAUGUUGACACAUUCUAACUGUGUCAUUAACUUGAUUGGUAGACAAUAUGAAACAAGGUAUACAGUAAUACUAAAAUAAUUGUGAUGUUGAUGAUGAUGAUGAUGCUCUAUUUCUACAAAGAAUAUCAAAAUACCUGUUACAUGAUUAAAAUAAGUGUUGAUUGGAAUUUAUUUCACACCAUAAAUUUACUAGAGGGUAAAGGAUAAAUGCUGUACUGAAUUUAUUCGAUUAAACCCCCCCCGACGCUUUUUAAGUUUUUAGUGUUUCCAGUGCGGUGUUUAUUCAAGGGCGGCAUUUAUUCAAGGGUGGCAUUAAUUUCGAAAUCACUUUUUUAAAAUCACUGACAACAGUUGUUGUAAAUCAUUUGUAAAUAUUAUGUAAUUUAAAGGUUCCAUUGUCUCUCUUAUUUUGCUGAGAUAGAGUUGUAAAUGUCUGGAUUGUGUAAAUUACCAAGUUAUACCGAAGUUUAUCUUAUUAUCGUCGAGUAAACGCUGCAUUCUUCCGAUUAGUUGCUGCAUUUAUUCAAGGGGGGAGUUCAUUGGUUAUUUUGCUUCCAUCUGUGGUGUUUGAGUGAGGGUGGCAUUUAUUCGAGGGCAGCAUUAAUUGAAUAUUAAUACUGUAUCUCUACAGGAACUUUUCUUUUGAUGAUGUGCACAACACAGGAGCAAGAGUUAUAGCUAAAGCUGCAAAAGAAGCUGGAGUCAAACGAUUGAUCCAUGUCUCAGCACUCAAUGCCAGUGAAGACAGCCCAUCAAAAUUUCUACAGUCCAAGGUGAAACUACUUCCUAAACAGUCAAAAAAUAGUAGAUUGACUCAUAAUGAUUUGAGCACUUAACGUUCAAUGACUUCUUUUAAAUAUUUUACAAUUUACAUUUUCAGUUAACUCUUUGUUGACCACUUUGGUAGUUUUUGGUCCAUGUAGAAUGAUGCAUGUUUUCCUUUCUUGGAAGGAAAAUAGCUUAAUACCUUAAACUGAAAGCAUGAAAGCUUCUAGUUUAAGCUUUUAACUCGUUAAGCGGCAAUGUCAGUGAAGAAACAAUGUAGAUCUUUCCACUGAUUCCUCAUUGUGGAAAUUGUGACCAAUCUUGACAGAGUUACUCAAAAAUACCAAGUAGCAUCUUGAGGAAAAAUCGACUGGCUGAUUUCUCUAUUUACAUACUACUCUUUGUAGAUUGAAUUUGUCCCUUCCCUAUAUUUCUAAAACAUUUGCCAGCCACAAGUCCAUGCAAAAAAGGCAAUAAAGUGGGCAACAAAACCUCAUAAAAGCAAAGGGUAAAAAGAGAGUGAGAAAGAAAGAUCGAAAUUAUUAUAGAUUCACAAAAAAAAAGGAAAAACAAAACAAGACAAUACAAAUUUUGGCUUCAUAUGUGCAUGUGCCACAAGCAAAAAAGCUGUUUAAUUACAAAUUUGCCCUUAUUGUUGCAAAACUCAUUUUUUGCCAUUUCCCAAGAAAAUUUGCCAAAAGCCAGUCCAAAUAAGAGUGAAUGUUGAAAAAAAUGUGUUUUUUUGCUACAUCUCGCUGGCCAUGGCCAAAGGAUUAAACCACUGUAUAAUUAUGCUAAAAUGUUUCUGUAUUGAUUUUAUUUUUCAGAAUUUUGUCUUUUUUAACACUGUCGUUAUGUUUCUGGAAUUUGGUAGUAAAAAUAUUGAUUUGUUUCUUCUGUGAUUCUUGACCAAUACUUGUGGGAAGUUAUUGGCAGUUUACUCUCCUAGCUAAGUAACAACCUCUAAAUUGGUACAGUAAUGAAAACCUAUGGACAGUUCUCUUGAUCCAGAAGAUAUCAAACUUCAACCAGUUGCAAAAGUACUUGAGACACUGUACCGUAUUUUGGCAUAAAUGGCCUGUCCAUGAUCUUGUGCUUGUGAUCCCCCCUCCACCCCUUAUCAAAGUUGCUAGCAAUACAAGACCAUACUCAAAACUUGGAGGAACAACUUUGAAUGGGAGGGAGGAAGGGAGGUCAGUAUUAUAUUUUACAGACCUGUGACCAGGAGCGAUUUGAAGCAAGAAAGGUCGUUUUUCCGUGGGAGUGUCUCAUCAUUUUUGCAACUGGUUGUUCUUACAAUCUCUACCUCCAUAAUACAGAUGCCUCUGUAAUGUAGACACUUGGUUAAUAAUGUCCCUGUGUUGUCUGUAAAUCAAAGAGGUGUGACUGUACAAUGUGUUUACUCUGUUUUGUUCUUGUGUCAGGCUCGUGGAGAGGCCGCCGUACGAGAGGAGUUUCCAGAUGCUACCAUACUGCGACCAGCUACAUGUUUUGGUCAUGAGGAUCACUUCUUAAACUACUAUGCAUGUAAGCUGCGCAUAAAGCUGAAUAUACCUUUUCUUUACCUUUUAAAAAGUAACAACUUGCUUAAAAGUUAAUUUACCUUCUACAGGGACAGGGUAGAGGGUAAAAUUAAUUAAUGUAGGGUGUUUUGUGAUGUUUUGGAAAUUGUUGUUAAGCUUUUAUCCUCAACACCAAGGAAAUGCCCUAAGAAACCGAAUUUGUAUAGAGACAAAAAAGGUAUUUCUGUGGUUUUAAAUUAAGCAAUGACAAUGCACAUUGCACAAUGCACAAUGGUACAUUUUUUUGCCAUCACUGCACUACUACUAAUAAUAUAUGAAUUUCCCGCAGGAAAUUUUAUGGAAUACAUGUUACAGUGUGACUUCUGGAACGGGGGUACUUGGAAGAAGAUUAUCCAACCACAACACUUUAGGAUUAUAAUAAUAAUAAUUAUAAAGUAAUAAUAAAGUCUUUAUUCACCAAAAGAUAAAAAUACAUAUCUUUUGUUACAAGUAAGUGUAAGAAAACAAAAUAUUCUCAAGUUUGUUUUUGCAAACGGACCAAUAAAGUUCAAGGUUCAACUAUGCAACUCUUGAACUGCUGGAAACUUUAAAACUGUUUAAACUUAUGUGACCUCUCAGGAAACAACCCUCAAAUUUAAUAAUGUUAUUGGUGUGUUUGCAAAAAACUUGAGAAUCUUUUGUUUUCAAGAAAUGUUGUGAUUGCAUAAUUUUUUCCAAGUUCCCCCCUUCGAGUCAUUGCAAGUUGUAAACACUUUAUGACAAUCUCAUUGCCUAUGCCACCAUUGUUGCUUAUAAUAUAAAGCCCACUGUCAAAUAUCUGAAACUCUGGUUAAUCAGUGUAAUUCAAAAUAAUAGUGGCAUCUGGAGAAUCUUUUUCGUGGAAACAGACUGUUUUCCUUAUUAAUUUUUUUAUUCAGAUCUCAGAAAACUUCCACUUGGUAUUCCUCUGAUUGAUGGUGGACUGAAAACAACUAAAGUUCCUGUCUAUGUAAGAACUACUUUGAUUUAAUACUCAAUUGUAUUUUUGAUAAAAGACUGUUUGUUUUAAAUGUUAACAAGGCCACUGCUUCAGAGUGGAUGUGUCUUACUUGCUUAUCAACCAUUCUGUUCUGUGUUUUGAAAGUUUUAUUAUCAAUGUCUUUUCUAAUCUGACAAAAACCAGAUGCUAACUCUGUGCUUCCUUGAAUUGUCUGUUUAGUUAUGGUGUGUUUUUUUACUUACUUCAUUUUCCAGAUUGCUGAUGUAGCCCAGGCAAUAGUUAAUGCCAUUCAUGAAGAUGACAGCAUUGGACAGACAUUUGAACUUGUUGGGUAAUUUCAUUGUUGCUAAUAUUACUGUUACUACCAAUAUUAUUUGUGAAUACCUAAGUAUUGCAACAACUGUCAUUGUGUACUUCCUGAAUGGGUCGAUAAAUUAUCUUCCCUUUAGCUUUCCUUGUAAGGUAAAAAUAAAAAGACGAUUGUAUACUUGUCUACAAGGAUGUUGUUAUGCUGUAAAUGCGACUGUUUGGUUUUGAUGAUUUCAUUCUAGUAAAUCCAUACUGUAGAUUUUUGCCUGUGGUACUUUUCCAGAAAAGGUUUAAUUCCCUCCUCCCUGUACAUGUCCAACUAAAAUACUUCAAGAUGUUGCCAACUGCAAGCAAAAGGAAUGGGAUUCAAAUACAUACAAGCAAAACUGUUGUAGCAAUCACAACUAGAGCUGGUCACUACCAUCUAAGAUAUAGUUCAACAACAGAUUACACACUGAAUAAAGUCUAAGUCGCUGCAGCUGUAAACCCAGCAUUUAAAUAUAAACUCUGAUAAGAUUGGAGCCCAUGAUGGGAUGGCAGAGCAAGUAGUGGGCAUAGUGGUUUGUGUCUGUGUGUGUGGUUUUUUUUUUUGGGGAGGUGGGGGCUUUUUUUCACACUGCACACUUUUAUGAGAAAUAUUAUGCAUUUUUCUUUGUUUUUGGCAAACAGAGGUAACGUUAUUUAUAACCUGUCAUGCUAUCCCCAUCUUGGCUUUGUUAACUCCUAAGUAAACACACCUUGCACAGUUAUUACUCUCCAUAAUCAAUUUCAGCCCAGAAGAGUAUUAUUUGUUUGAUAUUUUGGAUUACAUCUACCGUUUGAUGAGGAGAGAAUUGCCACACUACACUAUGCCAAGAAAUAUUUACAAGUAAGAGGCAGUUAUUUUUUCAUUGACUGUGUAUGUACUAAGGAGCAAACAAAAAAAUAAUCCCUACUUUAAUCCAUACUCGUCUCUUCAUGAUAGAACCUAUUUCCAAGGGUAAAAGGCAAUUGUAGAUAAUUUAGUACACUGUAGAUAUCUGGAGUUACAAGUUAUGCAGGGUCUUUAAAGUCCUGGAAUAUUUUUCUGGCAUUUGGCUUGCAAGUUCUAGAAAAUAUUAUUAGUUGUUUCAGAUUCUGAAAAUAAAGUUUUGGUUAAAAGAAACUCCACAAAUUUUUUUGCAGUUUUAAGUCUGUGAAGUUAUUGCUUGUUAAAAUAAAGUUGAGUACAAACCCUAGAGUAGGGUGUUUGAAUAAUAUUUGCUUCCAGCAAAUUAAUGCUUUUAUAACUGUCUUGAAAUUUUUUCUUUUAUUUAAUAAGAAUGGAAUUUUGCAUUUAUAGCUACCGUGUAAAAAUUAUUUAAAAUAGAAUGAUUGAGUCAUGAAUGUAUUGUUUUAUUUGAAAACCUACACCUCACCCCCAAAAAGGGUUACAAACCUUUGAUUAAGUGACUAUAUAUUUUGUUUUGCAGUUUGAUUGCCUGGGUUUUGGAGUAUAACAUCUGGAGUCCUCGCCUGACAAGAGACAUGCUGUACAGGGUAAGAACUUAUAGUAUAAUAAUCAGCCAGGAAACAGUUAAGGUUUGCUAUCUUUGGAGCCAGCCAACUGUGAAAAAUUGGCAUUGUCUUUUAGCAGCAUCACUCUUAAAGAGGAUCCACCCUAAAAGCAGAGACAUACAUCAGUAAAUUAAUUAAUUUUAAGGAAAAUGGAAUUGAUAUCCCCUUUCCUAGUCAAUGCUGCCUAUAAUAUUUAUAUACUAGCUUGUGGAAAAAGUUAUUGAGCCCCCAGCCUCCUUUGAAAGCUGUCUUCCUUGAGUAAGUUUACAUUGUGCAAGUUGACAUAUCUCCUUGAUGACAAGUUUGUUUCCUUGGUAGGAAUUCAUGUCUGAUAAGGUUACACCAGGAUUACCUGGUUUGGAAGAUCUUGGUGUAGAACCUUCCACCCUGGAGACUAUAGCUAUAUCAGUUCUGCGUCGACACAGACAGUCUUUCUUCUGGGAUGAGUCAAUUGACAGUGAUGCUCCAUGUAGACCUGCAAGCUCUUAUGCCUCCCACUAAAAGAUAAACUUCCUUUGUGAGAGAAAAUUAACAUUAACUAAUGUAUAUAAUAACUUGUGAGUUUGCACCUCCUGAAUGACUGUAUGGGUGAUUUUGCAAUGCCAUGGAGUUUGUUAAGGAUUGAGCAUUCUGUGACGCAAAGUUUAGUUAUCUGUUCAUUUAAGAAUGUUUUGUGUACUCAAGAAGUAAUGCUGUAAAAUUAGGCUCUGAGUAGGUGACACAUAACAGUGUAUCUAAUAUCUUAACUAUUGUGAAAUAAAAAUAAAGAUCUUAUUUUUCAUG